UAGUAAUCACGUGAACCAUUUACCAGGUUUUAUACACUAUUCUUGUUCACUUCGAUUUAAUGGUGCUAUCCGGAAAUGGGUUUGGUUUAUCUUUUAGUUCUACUGAGCUUGAGCUGCGUUCAUGGCGAUGGGAUUCCUACAACACUUGAAGGACCCUUCAAGCCGGUCACCGCCCCUCUUGAAAAGAGCUUCAGAGGACAAAAUUUCACUGACUUGCCUGAUGUUCCAAGCAAUGUGGAAGGUUUUCAACCUCAGCAAAUUUUUGUUUCACUCUCUACUAACUAUGACUCUAUCUGGAUUUCUUGGAUCACAGGGGAAUUCCAAAUUGGUGAUCAUAUACAACCAUUAGAUCCUGAAUGGGUACAAAGUAUUGUUCAAUUCAGAGUCUUAAGAUCACCAGUGACUUAUCAGGCAGAGGGUUACUCCCUUGUUUACAAUCAACUUUAUCCAAAAGAAGGCCUCCAGAACUAUACUUCUGGUAUUAUACAUCAUGUUCUUCUAACAGGUUUGGAGCCUAACACACUGUAUGAAUAUGAAUGUGGGGAUCCUUCUAUGUCGGCAAUGAGUGAUAGCCAUUAUUUUAGGACUAUGCCGGUUUCUAAAGCAAGCAAUUACCCCAGUAGAAUAGCAGUGGUGGGAGAUCUGGGUCUUACCUAUAAUACAACAACAACGAUCAGUCACUUGUUGAGUAACCAUCCUGCUCUGCUUUUGUUGCUUGGGGAUCUAAGUUAUGCAGACUUGUAUUUUACAAAUGGAACCAAGUGCAAUAGCUCCUCCUCGUCAUUUUUUCCAAACCCCACCCAAGAAUCAUAUCAGCCUCGUUGGGAUUAUUGGGGAAGAUACAUGCAGCCUUUAGUCUCUAAUGUUCCAACAAUGGUGAUUGAAGGGGAACAUGAGAUAGAGCUACAAGCUGAAAAUUAUGCAUUUGUAGCUUACAGUUACCGCUUUGCAUUUCCAUAUAAAGAAGGUGGAUUGUCAUCCUCGCUCUACUAUUCUUUCAAUGCAGGUGGUAUUCAUUUUGUGAUGCUAGGUGCUUUGAUUGAUUAUAACAAAUCAUCGGAUCAAUACAAUUGGCUGGAAAGAGACUUGGCCGAGGUCGAUAGAGAAGUGACCCCUUGGCUGGUGGCUGCCUGGCAUCGCCCUUGGUAUAGUACCUAUGCAGCACAUUACAGAGAAGCAGAGUGUAUGAGAGUGGAGAUGGAGGAAUUGCUUUAUCAUUUUGGAGUUGACAUAGUCUUCAGUGGACAUGUUCAUGCUUAUGAGAGGUCAAACCGGGUGUACAAUUACUCCUUGGAUCCAUGUGGUCCCGUUUAUAUCACGGUUGGUGAUGGAGGAAAUGGAGAAGGCCUGGAUAUUGAGCAUGCUGAUGAACCUGGUAACUGUCCAGAUCCAGGCUCCACUGCAGACAAAUCUGUAGGUGGCUUCUGCGCGUUCAAUUUCACUUCAGGCCCUGCAUCAGGGAAAUUCUGUUGGGACCAACAGCCGGAUUAUAGUGCAUACAGAGAAAGUAGCUUUGGCCAUGGGAUUUUGGAGGUGAAGAAUGAAACUCAUGCAUUGUGGACUUGGCACCGCAAUCAGGAGUACUACGAGAAUGCUGGUGAUAUAAUUUACAUAGUAAGAGAACCAGAUAGAUGCCCCCGUUUACCAAAAUAAUCCAGACCACUAUAAUCAACUGGAACUAUGAACCAAAAAACUAUCAAAUUCUGGCAAAACACUUACAUGGUGAACUGAAGAUGAAGAUGCAAAAGUGAUUUCCUUAUCUGGAUUACUAAAGAGGCUUCACAAAUGGGCUCACAUUAUUUCAGUUGGGCAAGGGUAUAUGUUUCAGUGCAAUUUUAACUUAUUUAAUUAGGUUUGGAUACAUGGAAAGUAAUGUCGGCAUACCAAUAUUGGUAAAUUGUUGUAGUUACAGCAUUUGAGAGUUUAGGCUAUUUAUGUGGCAUUAUGUCUUGGGAAUACAAUUAUAACUUGGCAUUAGAUGAUGAAUAAAAUAGACUGAAGUGUGAUUUUGGUU